AUAUCAGAAGACAAGUCCACCCCAUAGCAUCAUCGUCUCCGCGGAACCACGCCUCGUCGCCGCCGCCGCCGCCGCCGCCGCCGCGCGACGUCCUAGCUUCCCGGACCGCCUCCGCGUGGUUGGAUCCGGCGAGAGGGGAGAACUGUUGUGUUCCUUGGAAGCGGGAGCUGGAUGAAAGCUGGGAGGAAGAACCUACGGCGGGCGUGCAGCGAGGGCGCCGUCACGCUGGGGGAGGGCGAGAGCAUCAUGCAGGUCCUCGCGCUGCGCGGCUCCAACGUCAUCGAGGUGAUGGACGCCAAGGGAGUGAAGUCUCUGGCCUUGUUCCCGGCCAAGUUCCAGAAGAGCUUUUGGAUCAAGAAUGGGAAUUUUGUGGUUGUGGAUGCUAGUGGCCGGGAUCAGGCGCUCGAAUCAGGGAGCAAGAUAGCCUGUGUUGUGUCCCAAGUCCUCUUCCAUGACCAAGUCCGGGCUAUGGAGAAAUCUGAGGAAUGGCCAGCUAUCUUCAAGUCAACUUCUAAGGAAGGUUCAGAAGCUGGAACACAAGAAGGAACAAGGCCACAGAUUGAGGAGGAACCGGAUUCUGAUGAAGAUGAUGAUCUGCCACCGCUUGAGGCGAACACGAAUAGACAAAGACCAUUUGAACUGUAUGCCGACUCAGAGAGUGAUUCUGACUCUUAGACUAGUUUACAUUUGAACACGCCAUUGAUGAUGUUGUGGUUUGUGAUGGAAAAAUACACCCGGUGUACUUAUGGUCAAGUCUUACAUUCUGCCAAAAACUGCUGAGUGUCAAAAUAUUCUGAAGAAGUUCGAUGUCAUUCAGUAGCAGGCACAAGGCCUUUCACUUGAAACUAUGAUCAACUCCAUAUGUUGCUUUUUAUUGUUCUCAAUGAUGGUGCAUUAAUUGUCUGGACACAGCCUGAUCAACAUACUGCAUUUUCUAUCA